CCGCUGCAGGAAGCCACCCGAGGCUCGUAAACAAUAUGUCGAACUUUUCUGAAGUUUAUUGAUGGAAAGUUCGAUACUUCUGUUCGCUGGAAGAGAAAGACUGCUUUCAUAAUCAAGCUUAAUCUAAGUGUAGCUGAAAGAUUGAGGUCAGGAUGAGUGAGAAUAUCAAGGAUCAGGUGCUUGCAGUGAAAGCAGAAGGGAAUGACCAUUUUAAGAAGAUGGAUUAUUCAAAGGCCAUAAGUAGUUACGAAAAUGCAUUGAAUCUAUGCAAAGGAAACAGUGAAUUAAAGGAAGAACAUGGAACAAUAUUGAAGAACAAAGCUGCAUGCUUUCUUAAAAUGGGUAAUUAUACCAAAGCACUAAAAGACUGCGAUGAAGCACUGCAAUAUUUACCAAAAGAUCCAAAGGCGUUGUUCCGUAAAUGUCAAGCUCUUGAAAAACUGGAGCGUUUAGAAGAAGCAUAUAAAACUGCCAGGAUAUUGGUUCAGAUUGUGCCAAAGGAUCCAGCUGUCCAGCAAUUUUUAAGGAACUUGACCCAACAAGUGCAGCAAAAGACCGAAAAACAAAAUACAACAGACGGCAUGGUUGAGACGAUGUUUUCGGCUAUCUUCGAUGAAAAUGAACCUGAUGAUCGCAAAGUCCAGGCGAUGAAAAACCUGAUCGUUUUGGCAAACAAAGAUUCUGGUGCAGACAUAAUAUGUAAUGCAGGUGGAAUCGGCAAGUUAUCCAAAGUUUUGGAAGUCGGAAACGAGGAAUUAAGACACCUGGCAAUCAAAGUUGUUGGGGUUCUUUGUAAAGGAAGUGCUUUACGGGCUGCAAGAGUGUUUGAAAGUUUGAAAGGAAGACUUUCUCCUUGUAUAAAAUCGAAAUCUGCAGAGGUCUGCGACAGUGCCGUAAGCCUUAUCAGUCAAUUCAUUCAAGCCACCGUCAGACAGCCCACCGCGAAAGAAAAGCAAAAAGACGAACAACCUCCUCUAGUGUACAAAGAUGAAUUGAAAUACGCCUGUUCGGUGCUGUUGGAUAAUUUAGUUGAUCCUGAUGUGAAUGCCCGGAAUCGAAACGCCAUUAUCGAGUGUGUGAUUACAGCAGUACCUGGAAACAAGCACAUGGUCCAGUUAUUUGUCGAACUAGAAGGCGUUCGAAGGUUACUCCAAGUCGCAGCAAUGGCGGCCUGUGUUUGGUCAAACACGAACUCCGCGAUACCAGUUGACAAAUCAACGAGGAUGGAUGUUUCUGUUGCAUUAUCGAAACUCUACGACAGUUUAGGUUAUAAAGACAAAGAUAAGGAGAAAUUUCUCGCAGACUGUGACAGCGUGGUGUGUAAAUAUAUUCAAAGUUCGGAAAGAGCUACCAAGAUAAAUGGCCUGGCCGCAUUAUGCGCUGUAUUGCAAGGGGUCCACGAUGCAGCAGCGGCCAUUUUAGCGAAAACCGAAGUUACAGAAGUAGUGUUUUCUAUCGCUCAAUCGGAUCAAUUAGACGGACAGAUUGCGGCAGCCGAAGUGAUUGCAUUGGCCGCUUCAAACAAACAAAGAUGCAGCGAAAUUCAUAACAAGGGAAUGUCUGUUUUGAAAAAUCUCUACAAGUCCACGAAUGAAGAUCUUCAAGUCCGUGCACUCGUAGGAAUGUGUAAAGUUGGCUCGACAGGAGCAGGGGAUAUCAAUUCGAAAGUUUACAAGAAAGAAACUAUACUUAAACUAUAUAAGUCCGCAAGAAGUUAUCUUGUGCGACCGAAAGAGGAAAUGGAAUUAAGAAAAUGGGCCUCCGAAGGACUGUCGUUUCUAACUUUAGAUGCUGACGUUAAAGAAGAAUUGAUACAUGAUAGCACAGCACUAACGUCUUUAUUAGACUUGGCAAAGCUUGAAGACAAUUCUCUACUGUACGGCGUCUGUCAAACUCUUGUCAACCUCACGAACAGUUACGACAAACCGGAGAAGAAUGAAAACUCGGAAAAAAUGAAGGAAUUAGGAAAAUUCGCAAAAGUCAGCAUUCCUGAAUAUGAUGAGAAGGAUAACGAAGAUUUUGUCCAGAAAAGAAUUAAUAUAUUAGUUAAGGAAGGGGUCGUAAACGCUUUAGUAAACUUGGCAAAACCCGAGAGCAAGCAAUGUCGAGAAAUGAUAGCGAGGGUAUUUCAUGGUAUUGUCACUGUCCAGGAACAUCGAGGACUCACGGUCCAGCAGGGUGGCGCUAAGGCUCUUCUCCCGCUAACAACGGUCAACACGGACAGAGGUAAAGAUAUAGCCGCGCAUGCUCUGGCGAAGGUCGCCAUUACGAUGAAUCCAGCUGUUGCUUUUCCUGGACAAAAGAGUUUCGAGUUGGUUCGACCAUUGCUGUCGCUUCUUCAUCCCGACAAAAAGAGUUUGGAACAAUUCGAGUCACUCAUGGCCCUUACUAACCUUGCCGGAAUGAACAAUGACGUCAGGAAACAUAUUUUUCAUGAAAGAGGAAUUCCUGACAUCGAAAGCUUGUUGUUCGAGGAUCACGAGAUGGUCAGGAGGGCUGCGGCCGAGUGUAUGUGCAAUCUUGUUUAUUGUCAAGAGGUAGCUGACUUGUUUCUUCAAGAAAAUACAACGGAAAGAGUGAAGUUGUUUACUUUAUACUCUGGUGAAGAAGAUGAACUAUUAGCGAGGGCUUGUUCUGGUGCACUGGCUGUCGUAACAGACAAUCCCAAAAUUUGUGAAAAAGUCGCCGAGGUCAAACCUUGGUUGGAAAUAAUGCAAGGACUAUUGCUCUCAGGGAAUAAGGAACUAAAGCACAGGGGGUCUUUUAUUGUCAGAAAUUUAAUGAAAGCAAGCAAAUCAAUCGCAGAAAAGCUCGUUGAAAGCAAAACUUUCGAGAUUCUCCUCGCAUUGUCCCAGGAUGCAUCACUGGACGCGAAUAUAAAGGAAGCCAUUAUGGAGAGUUUGCAAAAAGCGAAAGACUGGGAACUAAUUAAGAAAGCUCCGAAGAAUGACUAAUGUUGUACUGGGAACCACUACAUCGACACUCAACUCUUUGUAAUUCUGUCGUAAAACGCAUCUCUCUAAGUCCAGUAUCAAAUCAAUAUGGGUUUUCUUCAAAGGGAAAGACCUCAGUCCAUGCUACGCAAAGAUAUCACUUGAACAAUCAGCAUUUCACAAAAUUUUAUUUCCAGUCACUGCCUGAGAUGAGACACUUUGCGAUUGGCGCUCGUACCCAGGCGCUUCAUUGGAAAACAUAAAGUUGCAUUCAGGUACAUAUAGAGAUCUGUGACCAACCAAGAACGAUUUGCUGGGGUUGGUUGUGGACAGUGGUUGUGGAGGACGCGCGUUGGAAAACAACCAUGCACCCCUGCGCGCUCGCUCUUCUUAGCCACUGAUCUGUAUAUGAAAGCUGAAUGCAGUCUUAUAGGUUUUCCUUGAAACCCUCUGAUGUUCACGAAUCGUUUCUUGAAAAGAUAUAUAUUUCAGCCUAGCCAACCGUAAACAUUUUACUCGUUCUAAAAGUUUAUACAUUUGAUGCUGCUAUACUAUUAUUAUUACUACACAAUUAGCUCGUUAUUUUUUGAUAAUAAAAUUGUGAAUUUAUCCGCAUGACGUUAACUCAUUCGUCAGAGACGUAAAUUUUAAAACAAUUUUGUUCAAAUCAAACAGGAUUUUGAGAAUUCAAAUUGAAUUCAGUAAGCCUGUUGCUAUGUUGGCGCGAAAAAACAACAACUGAAUGGCUAUAUCAGUUGAUAAAGAUAGAUAAAAGGAACUACUUUCAAAUGGUAAAUACCAUGCGAAAAUCAUGCGGUCAAAUUCUGUUAUUGACACUGGUGAUAAAGUUG